AUGGAACUCUCCUUGUUCACUGCCCUGAUCACUCUCCUCAGCUUGCUGAUCACUCGUUCCGUGUCGGCUGGAAAAGUCACAACCCCGAACAAUGUCCCCAAAAACGCAAUCUUGUUGUCGAACGUCGAGUCCCUCACCCUUCGAGCUGGAAAGAUGACUACAUCAAGACGUGUUUCCGCUGUUCCACAGCUAAACUGCGUUGGUCCUCAAGAAAUUUGCAAAUUCUACACGGUGGAUGUUAUGCGAUGUCAAAAUGAAGGCGCAGAUUAUGAUGCAGAGAAUAUUCAGUGGGCAUGCAAGGCGAACUUGCCAGAAGAGUUCAAACUGGGAGGCACUGAAGUCGCAUGCGAAGGUUAUGCAUCCAGUGACGACCCUUACGUUCUAAAGGGCAGCUGUGGGGUUAAUUACAGACUUCUUUUGACGGAGAAAGGUGAAGAAAAGUACGGACGGCACAACCCGUCGCCAGGAAAUUCUGAUUCAGAGGGUCAAAUGACUGGGUUCGCACGGGUUGUCUUCUUCGUCAUCUUUACCAGCGUUCUUUUCAUUAUCGUUGCUCGACUGGUCCAACAAUGUCAGAGGAACCCUCCACGACUCGGCGGCAAUGCUGGACAAGCACCACGGUAUGGAGGCGGAGGUGGAGGCGAUGAUGGUGGCAAUGAUGACCCUCCGCCGCCAUAUGACUCUCACAGCUUCAACAAUCCAGGUAAGUAUAACACAUCCGGCACUAGGAGCUAUGGUACUGCAGGCUCGUCGAGGAAUGCCGGAGGUUGGAGACCUGGACCUUGGACCGCUGGGUUGACAGGAGCUGGUUUAGGUUAUGCUCUUGGUCGCAAUCAGAAUCGAACACAAACUGGGACCAGAUCGCCACCAUCCAGGUAUGGAGGAGGAGGAAGCUUCUUUGGUGAUGGUGAUGGAGCUGGGCCGAGUAACUCAAGGUCUUCAGAACCUAGUUUCUCUAGUAGUCGAUAUGAGUCGACUGGUUUCGGUGGCACAUCACGACGUUGA